AUGCCUGCCCAGACUCAGCAGCAGACUGCCCAUGCCAGUCAAUUCAACCACAACAAUCGUGGGGCUUAUGCUCCUGGCCACCAACAGGGCAACCGCCCCGACUUGGCUGCGCUUUUCGGCGGCUUGAGCAUUCAGAAUCAGGGUUCCGGCAGCAAAUUCAAUACCAUGAAGGGGAAUUUGCCAGUGGCCAUGCCUCCGCCGCCCUUGGAGCUCGCCGGCCCUCGUCACUACAACAACCAGCUCGUCCUACUCCCCAAUGGUGGUGUCUUUGGUGGCAUUCCGCCGGUCUCCCCUGUCGCAGCCUUCCCCCCAAGUUCACUCCCCGGCCAUGACCAGGUGGGCCAACUUCCUUAUCUGCACAAUGCCAUCUAUCCGAGCCUCACUCCCGGAUGCCCUGUUGUCCCGGCUGCUAUGCAAGGAUACCCCUUCCCGUACCUCAUGAACUGCGAGAUGCAGGAUCCAAACGCUCAGAAGCGGAGCCAUUGGACCAGUACCGACGAGCAAAAGAGCGCUGGUCCCUCCGCUUCCGAGGGUGGCAACCAGAGUGACUUCUUCAACGCCAUUCCAGGUCUCGACGGCUCCGGCAUUUCGAACUAUGCGAUGAAUGGUCUGCCGCAGGGUGGACAGGCUUGUCUACAGCUUCAGAUGAUGAAGACUCCCACUGGAUACAUUCUACAGGAUCUGGAGAGCUUGGUUCAGCAAGAGCCUGCGAUUCCAAGAGCCGUCCCUGCCAUGUGGACGAACCCCACCGAUCUGACCCUGGCCAAGUGCCUUGAGAAUCGAGAGGGAAUCACCAAUGUCUACAUUCGAGGCUUCCUCCCAGAGACUACCGAUGAGAUGCUGCACGCAUAUGCUUUUCGGUUUGGUAAGAUAGAUCGUUGCAAGGCAAUCGUCGACCUAGACACUGGUCUAUGCAAAGGUUUCGGUUUUGUUCAGUAUUACAACUUUGAGUCCUGCGAGAACUGCAUUCGAGGCUUCUUCUACCUCGGUUACCAGGCAAGCUUCGCUCAGGUGCGUAACACACUCUUGGAUUUUACGACCGGUAUUAGAGCUGACAAGGCACAGAAAUCCCGCAACUCCCGCUUGAAGGACCUUGAAGACAAGACCUCCACGAACAUCUAUUGCACCAAUAUUCCCAUCGACUGGACCGAAGCUGACCUUCGCCGUCACUUUGAACCGUACCGCGUUGUAUCCGAAAAGAUCAGCCGUGAUGAGAAGACAGGAGUGAGUAAGGAGGUUGGAUUCGCUCGCUUUGAAACGCGGGAUAUUGCCGAGAAGGUCCUGUCAGAGUAUCACAACUCCGUCGCAGAGGAUGGCGUGAAGCUACUUCUUCGCUUUGCAGAUACUAAAGCUCAAAAACUUCUCAAGCAGCAGAGCAACGAGCGCCGUGCAUAUCGUGCUGGGGAGUACAACUACUCCGUCGAAGUUGUUCAAGGAUCUACUCCAUCUCCUUCGCUCCAUCGCCUUCAACAGACCGUCUCUCACCUCAGCCCGACCUCUCAGGUCAGCUAUGUGUCUCCAGUCGGAGUAGGCAACAGUUGGACUCCAGCAACUUCCAUUUCCCCAUCGGUGCCUCUGGCGAAAAACCCAGCGGGUAAUAUGCGUUUCAACUCGUGGUCAUCCAAGCACAGCCCUGUGCCUCUGGACAACACUCCCAUGUACCGCGGACGUUUGGCCUUUGCCAACCGUAACAACUGGACUGACAACGUCUCGGGUGGCUCUUCCAAGACUGUUCUCCCUAGCACUCCUUGUGCUGAGCCUCGUUCGGAGCGAUCUAGCCCACACAAGGAGAACAUCAAAGCGGGCUCCCUGUCGCCAAUUUCAUCUCGCAGGGAGAUCAUUGUGAACUCGCCACGCUCUGUUAUCUGA